ACUCUGACAUCUCGCGAUAUUUGCGUUUUCCUGGAGGGGAGGAGGUUCGUAAGCUCUCCUGGCAGAUCGGCAGGUUAGCGGCGAAAGUGCGUGAACCAUCGACCAAACCAGCACUUUGACCGGGUUCACGGAUCUGAACAGCGGUCAGACUUAAGAGACGAUGACAGCGGCUCCGUACAACUACUCCUUCAUCUUCAAGUACAUCAUCAUCGGAGACAUGGGCGUGGGGAAGUCCUGUUUGCUGCACCAGUUCACAGAGAAGAAAUUCAUGGCCGACUGUCCUCACACCAUCGGGGUGGAGUUCGGCACCAGGAUCAUGGAGGUCCACGGCCAGAAGGUGAAGCUGCAGAUCUGGGACACGGCGGGUCAGGAGCGCUUCCGAGCUGUCACCAGAUCCUACUACAGAGGCGCCGCCGGGGCCCUCAUGGUCUACGACAUCACCAGGAGGAGCACCUACAACCACCUGAGCAGCUGGCUGACGGACGCCAGGAACCUGACCAAUCCCAACACGGUGAUCAUUCUGAUCGGGAACAAGGCCGACCUGGAGGCUCAGAGGGACGUGACGUACGAGGAGGCCAAACAGUUCGCCGACGAGAACGGUUUACUGUUCCUGGAGGCCAGCGCAAAGACAGGAGAAAACGUGGAAGAGGCCUUCCUGGAGGCGGCCAAGAGAAUUUACCAGAACAUCCAGGACGGCAGUUUGGACCUGAAUGCGGCCGAGUCCGGAGUCCAGCACAAACCGUCUGCGCCGCAAGGAGGCCGACUCAACAGCGACAGCCAGUCCCCCAAGGAGAGCUGCAGCUGCUAGCCGCAGGAACCGGGGGGGGGGGGCAUCCAAACAAGACCUCAAUGCAUGACCCAGAAGCUGCCCGGGUCAGAACCGGAUCCAUCCAGGGCCUUCUGGAAGUCAUAAAAACCCCCAAAAAAA